UAUGUCUACAAUCAUUUAAUACGUCAUUUUUUCUUGUCUUUUAGCAGCACUCAAAUUAUUUAUCCCAGAUACGAGCUUAUCCAGAGCAGAUUCCCCAGUGACGGGCUCAAGCGUAAUCGCAACUUAGCAGGUCAAGCGAAGGCAGCGCCCUCGACCACUACUGAGCGACCUUUUCUGCGUGUCUGGAACAGCUUUUUGCGCAGCGUGCAGCCGAAUUUCGGCCUGCAUAAUCUGACCAAUCCGUUGGUCAACUUGUUCAACAAUGGCAACACCAACAUCGUUGAAACGCUGCCAGUGCAAGCUGUGUACACUGACGAGCAUGAGGAACAGCUGCAGCAGGAACAGUCAUCGACAUCUGGAACGCAGAAUGCCAACAAACGCAAGCGUAAGCGGCGAAAGCAACAAAAGCGUAGACCAGUAUAUGACUCACAGGAGCAGGAUGAUCCUUAUGACUACUACGGCGCCCCAUUACCCGUGUCGCUGCCACAGCACCAACCAAUGUUCUACUAUGGUCCGAGCGACUACUACGGCAUGCGUCGCUUGCAACACUAUAAUGAUUAUGCCGUUCAGCCAAACUAUUAUGAUCAAUACUUUGAAGGUAAUUUACUGCCAGAAGAUGACGCACAGGAUGCUGCUGAGGAGAACCUAGGUGAACUUAAUGCAAAAGCGUAUACCGUACUGCGACCAAUCAGCUUGGCUAUUAAAUUGCCCAACGAAGAAUUAUCAGUAGAAACAACACUUGACGAAUCAAACGACGAGAAUUUAGCAUAUGAAGGCGAAGAUGAAACUUACGGAAUCGUUACUGAAGGUGGCGUCGGUUCUGCAGCAACCGAUGCAACGAACGACGACCAUGAGCUCUCUGAGAGCAUGCGCAAUGCACUUGGCGCAUAUAUGCGAGACGAUCACCGCAACCGUCAGCGCCAGCGUCAAUCCGACACACAUCGAGAAAUGGGAGCGCCAGCUAAAGUAAAACCACGCAAGCACCAGCGUUACUUACUUGCUGCACGCCUGGUUAAGAAUCAUCAAUAA